AAACACUUAGUGCCUUCCAAGAGUUCAGUUGCAGCAGUCUUUGGUUUAACCUGGAAAAAUCCCUAGCUGUCCGGCAGGAAAGUUGUAACUCUUGCCUUUAGGAGGCGCUGUUUGUCAGAGUUAUCCUAAACCUGGAAAAGGGAGGGGGAGAGGCCGUCAAGGGAGCUAUGACGUGAGCAGGAAGUUAAUUAUCAAGUUACCCGAACCGGGACUUCCAGUUUUCAUUUGCAUAGGCGGAAAGUCUUGAGUUCUCUUCCCGCGCAAAUGGGAGCUUCCCUGGAACGUGGAUUACACAGAGAAUUUUAAUUUCUUAAAAACUUGUUUUCAGGCAGUUUCCCCCGGAACCAUUUACCUCCAGAGGACGAGCGGAAUUUGAUCUGAAGGCUGGCCAUGACAUCUCAAGGUCAAAGUUUGAGGUUCCGUUCAGAUGAUAAUUGUCAAGUGAACUUCCGUGAGAAGCUUCUGAUUAUUGAUUCAAACCUGGAGGCCCAAGAUGUGGAGGGCUUGAAGUUUCUCUGCCGAGACUGGAUCUCCCACAAGAAGCUGGAGAAGUCCAGCUCAGCCUCGGAUAUUUUUGAUCAUCUGUUGGCAGAGGAGCUGCUGAGUGAGGAAGACCCCUUCUUCCUAGCAGAACUCCUCUAUAUACUCAAACAGAAUUCGUUGCUGCGGUACCUCCGCCAAAGCAGAGAGCAAGUGGAGAGUUUGCUGCCCACCCGAAGGAGGGUCUCUCUGUUCAGAAACCUGCUGUACGAACUGUCAGAGGGAAUCGGCUCAGAGAACUUAAAGGACAUGGUCUUCCUUAUGAGGGAAUCAAUUCCCAAAAUCCAGAUGACCUCUCUAAGUUUCCUGGCAUAUCUGGAGAAACAAGCUCUAAUAGAUGAAGAUAAUCUGAUGUUACUGGAGGAUCUCUGCAGAAAAGUUGUACCUAACCUUAUGAGAAAGAUAGAAAAAUAUAAGAGAGAGAAAGCCUCCCAGGUAGUGACACCUCCUGUUGACCAGGAAACUGAGUCAUUGCAUCAAGGAGAGGAAGAACUAUUUUCCCGUUCAGAUGUUAACCAAUUCUUUGGAGCCUUACAGGUAGGUUCAAUGAUGUGUUGGCAAAUGGGAAAUGCUGGAUCAUAUGGUAAUUCUGCCCAAAGCGACAGAGAAAUCCUGGUCUCCAUAGAGAUGUUGGGAGCAUCUGCUGAGACUUUAACUUCUGAAACCAGCACAAAGGAAGCAACUGUGUACAGAAUGGAUCGGAAGCACAGAGGCCACUGUGUUGUUGUCAAUAACCACAGCUUUACCUCACUCUCAGAUCGACCAGGGACUCAUAGAGAUGCUGAGUGCUUGGAGCGUGUGUUUCAGUGGCUGGGGUUCAGCGUACAUAUAUAUAAUAAUGUGACCAAAGGACGUCUAGAUGAGGUUCUGAAGGAAUAUAAGAGUCAUCCAGGCCAUGCUGAUGGAGAUUGCUUUGUGUUCUGUGUUCUGACCCAUGGGAAAUUUGGAGCUGUCUACUCCUCAGAUGAGGCCCUUGUUCCCAUUCGGGAGAUCAUGUCUCAUUUCACAGCCCAGCAGUGCCCUGGCCUGGCUCAUAAACCCAAACUCUUUUUUAUCCAGGCCUGUCAGGGUGAAGAGAUACAACCUUCUGUAUCCAUUGAAGCAGAUGCUGUAAAUUCCGAGCAUUCACCUCCUACCCCUUCCCUUCUGGCCAGUGUUCCCAGUGAUGCAGAUUUCCUUCUUGGCCUGGCCACUGUCCCUGGCUAUGUAUCCUUUCGGCAUGUAGAGGAAGGCAGCUGGUAUAUUCAGUCUCUGUAUAAUAAUCUGAAGAACUUGGUCCCAAGACAUGAAGAUAUCUUAUCCAUCCUCACUGCUGUCAACAAUGAUGUGAGUCAACAAGCAAACAAAGAAGGAACAAAGAGACAGAUGCCCCAACCUGCUUAUACACUACGGAAAAAACUAGUAUUCCCUGUGCCACAGGAAAAACUUUUAUUGUAGUAGAGAGUUCUCAAUGACUUUUUGACUUGAAAGGAAACUUUGGUCAUCUCUUCCAAUCUCCCACCCACCAUAGGAAUCAUUGAUAGAUGGUGAGCCUGUCAUUCUAAUAGGAAAUGCCCUAUUUUCUGAUUCAACAAAUUCUUUAAAAAAAUUUUUUUUUUAUUUUUGACAAGUCUAAUUGUUAGAACACUUUCUUUAUUGAAGCCUUUGGUUGUAGUCUUGGCAUUAGUUUUGUGCCCUCAGAAAAAGCAAUUGGCCUUGGUUUGUGUAUCUGUGAGGUAAAAGGUAGUACCAGAUACAUUUUAAGAUUCCUUUGAGCUCUAAAGAACCACUAUUCUUAACCUCAACUGAGCUCUGAUUUCCUCUCUGUAUGACCACCCCUUGUGAACAUUCUGUGUCCCUUUUGCAUAGCCUUGUUUUGGACAUUGGAUAAUGAUGAGAUCACACAUGGUUCAUUGACCCUUUCUCUGCUCUCCACUUCCUAAGGCUUCUCAUCUACACAUCUGCUGGGGUGAAAUUUUUGUCUAUAUGAUGCCCAUUUCCAGCUUUAGUAUAAUGAAGGUGUUCCCACAGGAACUCUUUAUCUUGGGUUGGGAACAGGUUUGGCUCUAGGAAGAUGAUAGUUCAGUAUGAAGAGAGACAACUCAGCCACUCUGGGAUCAGAGACUUUACAGGCUGAGGUUAAAUUCUGUGUCGAUCAGAACUUUUCAGGUGCUGAUGACAGAACACCCACAUCACACCAACCAAAGCAAAGAAAGGAAUUUAUUGCCUCAUUCAUCUGAAAACACACAAUUGGGUAGUGCUGGCUUCAGGUGAAGCUUGAAUCAGGACUCAGUCUGCACUAUACCAUCUCUCUCUUGGCCAGAGGUUCUUUUGGUGGCUGCACUGUGCUGACUAAAGCCAACAGCCCCUGCCUUGUCUCCAACAUGCUCUGUUUCUCUGGCCCAAAGAAUUGAGGAGAGAGACAGCCUUAGGGAUGAAGCUAUUCACAGAAGUUGUUGUCCUCUCCUUAGAGAGUUGUCUGGCUGUGCCUUGGUGGGGAGUGUGGUUCUGUAUGGAAGCCUUGCUACUUUUUACAUUAAGGUUUUGAAUAUCUUUAUGUAUGUGAACUUUUUUUUUUCAAUUUCAAGAGGAAUUUUUCUUUUUUAUUUUCUAAGGGAGGGAGAUUGAAAGUCCUGUACCUAAGGCCUUUAUUUAUUGAUGAAGAGGUUGAGGCCCAAGGAGGCAGAGUGAUUUGCUAUAGUCCCCCAGCCAGUUAUUGUUUACAGGGUUUUAUUUCCCACUUGAGUGAACUGGAAUGUCAUGGGACAUAACAGGACUUUUUAGGAACAUUUCCUUGGAUAUGUAGACAUCCAUGAAAGAUAUCCAGGAAUGAAGAAGAAUAACUCUCAGUGAUGCCUGAUUUUGUAAUUAUUAACGUGUAAGUCAAAUGAUCUUCCAGAACCUUUGUAUAUACAAGUCAAAGCGAACAUCUGGUGAUUACAGUCCUUCCCCAGUUGAAUAUACACAGCUUUUGGCCACUUCAUAGUCCUUCUCUGCAAGUGAAAGAUGGUGUGGUACAAAGCAAAGAGCAAAGAAUCUGGAGAUAGAAGCCUUUGGUUUCUGUUUUGCUUUGUGACUUUCUGGCUCUGAGACACUAAGUCAAGCUAGUUUUUUGAGCCUUAUCUAUAAAGUAGAGAAAAAUUACCUAUUUAAGAUAAGGAUAGGUUAAUAUAUAAAUCCAUUUAAAUCUAGUUGUUGUGAGUUAUAUACAAGACCUUUACAUGGCAGAUACCUCUGGCAGUCACCUAACGGAAAUAGAGUUUGAGUUCCUUUGUGUCUAAUUCCAGCUGAAUUUCAGCCACAAAUCAAUACUAAUACCCACCGAUGUCCUCUUAGGGAAAUGUUGGUUUUCCCCGGACUGAUUCACAAUGCCCCCGGCAGCAGCAGGCUAGCUCUUGGCUCUGAAUCCAGCUGGA